AUGUCAGUCUUCCUUGGCUAUGCAAGGAAUUUGUUCCAGCGUGGCCCUGGCACUUCAGCAAAACUAAAGAGCGUCAGUACUCCGCUAUUCUAUCGCACACCCAGUGGUGUGGCUUUGCUGGCACCGGCAUACAUCGCACUGGAUGUCUUCAUCAUCAUUAACACUGUGAAUGUGACUUGGCGGAACUGGAGAGACCCUCCAAAGCCGUCUGACGAAGGUCAACUACCGCCAUUGCGUUCCACAGAGUCAAGACUUGCGGUAUGCGCUAUGGAGAUUAUGGUUGGCGGAUUUGUUGCGGCGGCUUUAUUGAUACGACGAGCGCAGACGGCAAAAUUAUUCGCCCUCUUGCCCCCUCAAGCCUCAAAACUCAAGAACAACCAACGCGUUUUCCUGCAAUCCGCGGGAAACUGGCGCGACAACGGCAAAAUAUAUCCAUUGAGCGCUUGCACCCUCACUCGCGUUCGUAAGGAUGCAUUGUUGCUGCAAGUUCAAGGGCUCUAUGGUGGAUGGCAGUUUGACAUGGAAAAGAGUCUGGUUCUUGGGAGGGCGGCUCCCUCGGUGGAAGAUGCCUGCAGGGACAUAGCGAUCCAGUGGAGGGAGGCGGGUGGCAAAGGGACAAUCUUGACGGAAUGA